UCUAUCUCUCCCUCCUAACCCCAUUCUCCUGCCUUCUCCCCAUAACCCCUGAACCCCGUACCAUUCAAGAAUCUAUCUAUCUCAGCUGUAAAAAUAUCCAUUGACUGCGGUGUGCACGUGACAAUAAACUAAACUGAACUGGUGAGUUCUUGCUUGUAGAUGCACACAUGGAUACGCAAGGGAAUGGAGGGAUAUGUGCAGAGGUGUAACUUGGCAUCAUGUUGGGCAUGGACAUUACAUGUCAUGGGGCCUGUUUCAGGGCUGCAUUGUUCGAUGCUCUAUGAGAUGUGCCCGAGCUGUGAUGACUGAUAACAGAACGUCCCCAGUGACAAUCGAUCCAGCCCGUGUUAGUCUGGAGGAUGUGGAGAGAGCGGGCUGUCUGAAUGAAAUAUCCCACGAGUAAUCAAUUAUUCAAACUGAUUCAUCACUCAUCGCGGCUCCUCCUAAGGCAGGCGUAGGAAGAGGCCCUUUCUCAAAUCCGUACAACUCUCGCUUUCUUUUCCAGGUUAAAACCCCUGUCCCACGGUACGAGUUCAUUCCAAGAGCUCUCCCGAGUUUGCCCUGAUUCGAACUCGGAGAUUUAUGGUAAUGGCCGCUCGUCGGUGCUCGGGGCUCUCGUGGAAAUGUUUCAACAUGUUGAAAAAUCUUCGCCAGUCACUAUCCGGAUGUUGGGGAAGUCCAGAACAAGGGGGUCACACAGUUUAAGGAUAAGGGGGAAAUCUUUUAGGACCGAGAUGAGAAAAACAUUUUUCACACAGAGAGUGGUGGAUCUGUGGAACUCUCUGCCGCAGAAGGUAGUUGAGGCCACAGUUCAUUGGCUAUAUUUAAGAGGGAGUUAGAUGUGGCCCUUGUGGCUAAAGGGAUCAGGAGGUAUGGAGAGAAGGCAGGAACGGGAUACUGAGUUGGAUGAUCAGCCAUGAUCAUAUUGAAUGGCGGUGCAGAUUCGAAGGGCCGAAUGGCCCUCUCAUGCACCUAUUUUCGAUGUUUCUAACUGAUAGCAUUGUAGUUGUGGGUGGGCCCCCUUUGUCUCCUGGCAACCAAUAUUUUUCGCACCCAAGGUCGGGAUUGAACCCGGGUCCCUGACGGUGUGAGGCAGCGCCACUACCCGCUGCGCCACUGCGAUGCCGCCCUCAACAAUACACGCCAAACAUCGCAGAGAUUUGUUGCAAUCGCUCCUGCAGAACAAUAAAUGCCACAAUCACAGCCUGAUUGCAACACACGCAUUGUGUUAAGGUGCGCGGUGUGCAGAAGGACUUUGCACCCACUCUGAUUAAGGCUGACAUCUCAGUGCAUUCAAGCUACUCCCCACCAGUGCCAGAAUGCAUGUCGAUUUUGCUCCGUUAAGAAUCCCAUUUCGUCGCCGGGUGCAGACCCUGGUCGUACUACAGUGGGUCUUCUCCUUCCUUGUACUUGCACAAUGUUGUGCCGCACUAUUUGUCACCCUCCUCUUCACUCGCCUCUGGUUCGUAUCAGUGCUCUAUGCCACAUGGUGGUUCUGGGACCGACGCACGCCCUGCCGGGGAGGCCGCAGCUCCCGCUACGUCCGCAGCCUGAGAUUGUGGACCUACUUUCGGGACUACUUUCCCAUCCACCUUGUCAAGACAGCAGACCUGGAUCCAAAGAAGAACUACAUCUUUGGCUUCCACCCACACGGAGUGCUGGUGGCGGGAGCCUUUAGCAAUUUCUGCACGGAGAUGACGGGCUUUCAGACCAAGUUCCCUGGGCUGAAGCCCCACAUGCUGAUGCUCCCUCUGUGGUUCAGGAUCCCCUUCUUCAGAGACUACAUCAUGAGCAGCGGUUUGGUGUCUUCUGAUAAGGAGAGUGCAAAGUUUUUACUGAAGCAGGAAGGCGGUGGCAAUGUGGCGGUCAUUGCCAUUGGAGGGGCUCCUGAGGCGUUGGAUGCCCGACCAGGGGCGCUGACACUGCAGCUGAAGAGCAGGAAAGGCUUCUGCAAACUCGCUCUGCAAUUCGGCGUCGCCCUCGUCCCUGUCUUUUCCUUCGGGGAGAAUGAGGUGUUCGAUCAGGUGAACAAUCCCAAGGGAUCGUUCCUGAGGAGACUCCAGGAACGACUCCAGGCGUCGAUGGGAAUAUCGCUCCCCCUGUUCCACGCCCGAGGAAUCUUCCAGUACAGCUUUGGACUCAUCCCGUACCGGAAAUCCAUUCACACCAUCGUUGGCAAACCGAUCGAAGUGGAGAGAAGUGAGAAUCCAACACUGGUGGAAAUCAACGAAUUACAUCACAAGUACAUCGAAGAACUCUCAAACCUCUUUGAGGAACAUAAAACAAAAUACAAGGUCCCUGAAGACAGACACCUAACCUUUACCUGAGCCCUGUUCAAAUACAUCGCCUCUCUCUUACUCUCCAUAUCUCCCACUCACUCAUUCUUCCUCUCUCUCUCUCUCUCUCUCAAUAGACAAUAGACAAUAGGUGCAGGAGUAGGCAAUUCAGCCCUUCGAGCCAGCACCGCCAUUCAAUGUGAUCAUGGCUACUCAUCCCCAAUCCGUUCCUGCCUUCUCCCCAUAUCCCCUGCCCUAUCUAGCU